UGCGCGCUAACCAUCGGCUGGCUAAUCCCGAUGAGUGACAAACGCUUAAGCCAAUUGCCGCGAAGACAACCCCUUCACUCCCAUAGUAUCUUUAUUUUUGGAAACCAUAAAAACGCUCUCGACAACGGACCUAGCGGGCGUAAAGCUAAUAAAAACAUUCGUGGCUCUCCACAAUUGACGAUCGUGAGGGAAGCUCAUUGCAUGCUUGGCGAGCCCUCAUCCAUUUUUUUUUUUUACACGUCGUGACUGGAGCGAUGCAAAUGUCACCCGAAUCAUCGGCGAAUUGCUUUCUUACGCCGUUGAGCUGAGAAUUCGUCCACAUUGCUACCGUGGAAGGAAGCUGGAUACCCGCUUCAGGACUCGGACAGCUCCUCGUACUCGCUCCCUCCUCCUCCUCUGCGGGACUCCCGCUGAGCUCGCCGGGGAAGCCCUCCGCCGAUCGGCGGCGUCAGCUCAUGGCUCCGGUUUUGAUGGUGGCGGUGGUACCGAACCGGAGUGCAGCAGCUGCUACUACGAUGCCGGGCCACGAAGCGUGUCGCGCUUGAGGUUUACUCGGGGGGAGCUUUUACUCUUCGGCCAUGUGAGUCCCACUCAGGUUCACCAUGAAAGCAGCAGCAUAUAGGCGGUGAAUUACAAGAGAAGGACGGACGAGUGGAAAGUGGCAAUAAGAAUUACACAUCUCUCCUCCCUCUCACCAGACGACAUGGCUAAUGCUGGGGACGUGGGGACUGCAGCUCUGUCAGACUUGGAGGUCAUCUCCCAGCAGGUGGACGAUGAGAACCAAUGCUUGGCUCCUCCGGUCCAGCUGGUGAGUUUCGGCUACCGAGACCUUCCGCUCGCGGCGCUGGACCUCUCGAUGGCUGGCUCGCAGCUCCUUUCCAAUGCCGAUGAAGAUGAAGCCCGGGAAGGGUCCAACUGGCUAAAGCCUUGCUGUGGCCGUCGAGUGGCCCUAUGGCAAGUCUGUCUGCUCAGUGCUGGUUUCAAUUGUGUCCUGGUAGCUUGCGUUAUCCUGGUGGUGCUCUUCCUCUCCUUGGAGCUACUCAUCGACACCAAACUCCUUCAAUUUACCAAUGCUUUCCAGUUUGCCAGCAUCAUCCACUGGAUCAGUCUCAUCAUCCUGUCACUUUUCUUUUCAGAGACUGUCUUCAGAAUUGUUGUGCUCGGGAUCUGGGACUACAUCGAAAACAAAGUCGAGGUGUUUGACGGAGCCGUCAUCGUGUUGUCCCUGGCCCCCAUGGUGGCCUCCACGGUGGCCAACGGGCCCAGCAGCCCCUGGGACGCCAUCAGCCUCAUCAUCACCCUGCGCAUCUGGAGGGUGAAGAGGAUCAUCGACGCUUACGUGCUCCAAGUCAAAGUCGAGAUGGAACUGGAAAUCCAACAGUGCGAGAAGACGAAAGCAGUGCGAGAGGAGCAACUGGAGCGUCUCACGCAAAUCUGCCAGGAACAGGCUUUUGAGAUCAGGCAGCUGCGAGCUCACCUGGCCCAGCAGGACCUGGACCUGGCGGCGGAGCGCGAGGCUGCUAUGCAGAUGCAUCGCGUGUGGGCAAAGCAGGGCAGGAGUUUCCAGGUUGUGGAGGGCUUGACUCCUGGGGAGUCUGACGACGAGGGCGCUCACAGGAAUCCCAGAGAGCUGCACAACGCUGCAGAUCCAGUUGUCCGUGAUGACAUGAACAACUACAUCAGCCAAUAUUACAGCGAAGCAAGCAGCGAUGGCAAGACGUGUGGCUUAGGAACCGGCGUGGUCACCACAGCCUCCAUCGACAUCCACCGCCCCACCAAUCACAUCCAGCCCAACCCCGCUCACGACCUAAACCUGAACUACAGCUCCCACCCCUGCCGCCCCCCUCCUUUCUCGGGACAGGACCAGAGCACAGUGGUCCAGGAGCUCCUCUCGUCUCUUUCUGAGGACUCCCGCCUCGCUCAGAAAGGACUUACGGUGGAUCCGGUCAACCUUAAGCUCCCCAGUCCCACAGGCUCCGAGAAGGCUAGCCCGGAGCUGGACAACAGAAUAAAGGUGUUCAACCGCAGGAACCACCAGGAGAGGCGGGGCCGAGGUUGCGUCCUGCUGCAAACCAAGCCGCUCAUCCACCUACAGGGCGGCGCCGCCGAGCCCUCGUUGGAGGAGAAGUACCGUCUUCUCGGUCCGGCCGACACGCCUCUGGGACACAUGUCGGACACAUAGCACAUUUACAUCUGCGCUUGAUGAAGACCUCGUGAGAGUUGUUCUGUCUUCACUGAGGACCAAGAUCUCCAACAUUCCCUGGUCCUCCAUGAUGGAUAUGAGGAGGAGGCUAGCUGCCCACAUAUAGCACAACAAAUACAACAACCCCCCACGUCAAAGUGGAUCUUCAAAUUAUGUCUUGAAACCAGUAAGGAAAAAUAAGACUUGGGUGAUUCAGCCUUAAUUUGCUGUCUAAAGAAGUUAACAACUCAGGGUGUACUCACACUUGGUCUCUUGAAUCGUGGUCAGUCGGGCUUUGACCCAUUCAAAAGUGCCAUCGCUUCAUUUUACAAAUGACUGCAAGCUUACUGAGGAGCAGUGGUUAUAUGACAUGUCCAUUGCCCACGUGCUUGUUUUUUUACUUUGUG